UUGGGACAAAGCCCCAGCAACGCUUUUUAGUGGUUUACUCGAGCUAGAGAGUUGUUGACAUUCAUUUUUUUGGUCAUUUCUAAGUGUUUCGGUUAAAAUAUAAAAUAGGAAUUGCGCAUAAAUGCAUCAGUUUAUCUUUGUAGCUCAGUGUUUUGUGUAAAUAAUAAAAACACUGCGAAUGAAAUGUUAGAUUAGGAUUCAUUUAGCCAGCCAGGAAGACAAGCUAACAGAUAACUAAAGCUAUUAGGCAAGUAUACAGUUAUAAAUCUGAGUGAAUGUCUGGUUUAGUUUGUAAUCUUUGUUAGAAUUAUGUUAAAUUAUUAUUCGUUAAUAAAGAAAAUGUGGCUGGUUUUGCUGUUUUUCGCUUGUACCUGACAUUGAAGAGAAAAAAUGGACUCAAAUGGCAAACCUUCCACAGGCCAGAUUUUGCUCUUGGCCACCAGUUCAGCCCUGACUGCUCUCCUUUACUCAGUGUACAGGAAGAAGGCGAGCAGUGCUGCCAGACUACAAGAAGCCAAGAAAAUAUCAUUAGAUCAAGAUCUGCAGAGCAUCCUGGCUGAAGCUCCAGGCAAAUGUAUACCAUACGCUGUUAUAGAAGGGGUAGUCCGGUCUGUUAAAGACACCUUGAAGAGUCAGUUUGUGGACAGUUGCCAAGGCGUGAUCGCCAGACUGACACUAAAAGAGAAGAAGAUGGUGUGGAAUCGGACCACUCAUAUCUGGAAUGACUAUGAAAAGGUCAUCCACCAGCGCACCAACACUGUACCCUUUGACCUCGCAUCACAUGAUGACACCAUCACAGCCACCGUGCGCGUGAUCCGCCCACUAGACGCAGAGCUGUACCUGGAAAAGACAUAUGAGAAUUUCCAUCCAGCCACAAGCUCCUUCACCAGCAUCGUGGGUCACUUCCUGAGCGGGGAGCGGCCACAGGGCGUGACCGAGAUGGAGGAGAUACUGAGGCUGGGUGCAAGCAUCACAGGCGUGGGCGAGUUGGUGAUGGAUGGCGGCGUGGUGCGCCUACAGCCGCCCAAACAAGGAUUGCGCUACUUCCUGAGCAGCCUGGAUUAUGACACACUGCUGGAGAGCCACAAGAGCAACGCGAGGUUCUGGAGAAUUCUGACGGCGCUCAUGGGUCUGACAGCAUGCGCUGCGCUGGUGUACGUGCUGUGGAGGCGCUACACCUGGAACAAGGAGAAGAAGAAGGAGCGUGAGAUGAUGGAGGAGUUUGAAGAGCAGAGGAGGAGACGGACGGAUGGGGAAGAAGAGUCCGGGCAUGUCGGAGCUUGUGUCGUGUGCCUGGGUCACCAGCGCUCGUGUGUUUUUCUCGAGUGUGGUCACGUGUGCACGUGCUGGCAGUGUUACCGCAUGCUGCCCACACCCAAGAAGUGCCCCAUGUGCAGGGCUACUAUAGACCGAGCAGUGCCUCUGUUCAACAGCUAAUCACCUCUUAGAAAAGAAAUCCCCAAGGCUUCAGUUGUGUAAUUUUUGGUGUGAAAAUACUGAUUUUCCAACAUGGUGGUAGGUGCUACACUGAAUCUGGGUGAAAAUUUCUUUAGGAUUAAUAAAUUUAAGGAUUUUCCUUUAUUUAGCCUUCUGUUUAAGCACACAGAGAAAGAGAGAGAUUAAACAAUAAAUAUAUUGAGAUAAAAAAUGGAGUGUAAUACCUCGAUAAUUGUUGAAUGACAAAUAAGGACAUAUUUGUUUAUCAACUUUAUCACAGAAAUUGUUGAGAUGUUAUAUUGUAUGCUGAAUCAAUUAGCAGCAGGAGGUUCUAACUGGUUUCAGAACAGUGUUAGAACAAACUUUCCUGCUCUCAGGGCUGCUCUGAUUGGCUGCUGGCAGCCAGCGAGAGAGGGACAGACAGACAGACAGCACUUCCAUUAUAAAGAGCAGAAAAGCCUGUGGACUGUUUUGCUUGACCACUGAAAGUGAUUUAUUUCUGUUUGAAGACAUUGUGAUCUCAUGGGUGUUGGGUGAAUUUUAAGAUUUGACAGAUAUGAAUUUGGUUUGACACAAAAGGCUUUAAACACAUUAUACAUGUUAAACUGGUUGAUUUAUUUUUUGUUCAAGGGCUUUAAAAUAAUGCUUGAAUUCAUUUCUUUAAAGUAUUACUUUUCAUAAAAGGCUUCAAUAAAACUUUCUUCCAAUAUCAUACAAAAUCUU